UGACGUGAUACCUAGGGUGUGUGGCAGGAACGUGACGUCACGAGAAUGGUCGUGUUUUUUGACAUCCUCAAGGCCAUCAUUGUCCGAUUUAUUCUGCUGAUCCACGCUCUGGUGGCGAUAUGGCGGGUGACGGUCAGCUACGAGGACCCCAUGUACUGGCUCCUGGCGGUCAUUCUGGUGCUCUUUGUGGCCGAGUCGUUCUACACGGUGAUACGACGGAAGGGGAGGGAAUACCAAAGAUUUAUGCCAUGUUUCCUGUUCUACUUGGGCUGUGUACUGCCGUGCAUCUGGUUGCUGGAACUGGACAAAUCCAGGAAAUACAUGCAGGGGAACGAAUCCGCCCUGGACCAACCUGAGGUCAACCAAACCGUCUCAGGAUUAGUGAUUCCAACCGAGCAACUGACCCCCAACACGUGGAUUCUUCUAGUCGAGGAGAUGAUGCCCUACUUCCUGUUUGUGACACGAUGGAUCCUCCCCAGGGGCAAGGUCACCAGAGAGCAGCUGGUCGAACUUCUGUUCGCGUUUAUCGGCAUCGGUGGAGACAUCAUGGAGUUCUUCUCCCUCAUAGGCGAGCAGGAGGUCCGCACAAGCUUGACCUUGAACUACGUCGUGCUGGCCAUCUGGUCCUUCUCCGUCCUCCAGUUCGUCAUGACCAUCACCGUCAUCCACCAACCCAAACGGCAACGAAACAUCACCGUGGUCGUUGAAACUACAAAAGACCCGGAUGAAGACCUCGAGUUUAAAAAAUUCCGGAAUGAAAUUUUUGCAAUAUUUCUUACAAUGGGCAUGCAAGACCUCCCGUUCCUGAUAGUCCGUGUCUACACAAUGGUCACCUUCAGCCUCACUGGGUACAGCCUCAUCUUCUUCUCCUCCAAGAACGUCAUGAUCAUCGGCCUGCUCUUCUAUAAAGUAGCCAUUCUCUGCCAGAAGCGAUACUGUCCGAACCCAGACGAAGAGGACGAUGAUGAUUCUGGCAAAGGAAGUGCCCGCUGGGGCAGCUCUAAGAUACUCAACACCCACGGCUCGCAAUACAUUGACCCGUACACAGCCGUGGACAUUUCAGACAAUGGAGUGGGUAAAAACCACAUCCACCCACCCGCCAACAACGCGAAAACCAAAGCUGACAAGAAGAAGAAAGAAACAGCUAAAGUCCGUGACACCAACAAACAAACCCAACUGGCGUUUUCUAACCCAACUAACGACUUAAACUCACAGAUCAACAACCCGCAGGGAUCUUCACUGCUGCCUCGAUCUUCCAGACCCUCCCCCACGGCAUCUAGAGCCUCAAGCAAACACUCCGUCAAAGACAGCUUGUACCUGGAGAUUGACCACACCACGCCACGGGAAGAUGAAUCCAGCGACACUGGCGUUAUUCAGAUGACCAAGCCUCCAAAGGCGUCAAAGAAAUUAUCCGGCUCCAGCAAGUCUUCGAAAAAACAAACCCCUUCCCACACCCCCAAACCGACCCCCGCAGGAACCCCUAAACACACCCCAGCACCGUCGAUCACAAGUUUCGGCGACUUCGGGGUCAGCGCCCCAUCUAGUCUGCAGGACAGCCCCCCACAGUCCCCCACCUCAAUAAACAUCAUCCUACCCCCCGUGCAGACUGCCCGGCCCGGGGAUCCAGGGUUCAAACCCUACGUGUCCGUCUUGAGGCUAGAGUAGGGAGAAACACACACUGGACACAGAACUGUA